AUGGGCGAAACAGAACCCAAUGCGCCCGCCGCCGGCAGCGACACAGUGCGCCUACACAUAACCCCGCUCACCACGGCGACCGCCGCAUCGAUCCUGCCGGCCGGCACAGACCUGUCGACGAUAUCGUUCCACGCGCUGCCGACGUUCCCGGAGGCGUCGUACGGCUUCGUGGACCUGCCCGUCGAUGCCGCGAACAAGCUGAAAAAGAAGCUGCACGGCGCCAUAUUCCGCGGUGUCAAGGUCCGCGUGCAGGAGGCGCGGGCUGAGGAGUGGAAGAAACGAACGGUUGAGGAGGUGCCCGAGGACAACGGGAAGGUGGGGCAGAAGAAACGGAAGAGGGCCCGUGAGGAGGGCGUCCUGGAGGGGUUUGAGAUCGGCGAUAGGAGUGUCGAUGGGGAGAAGAAGAAGAGGAAGGAACGAGGGGAGUGCUUGUUCAAGGUUGUUAUUCCGCCGAACAAGACGGAUAAUGAUGUCAAGAAGGAGAAGAAAAAAGAGCUGAGUAAGGAGGAGAAGAAGGAGGAGAAGAAGGCGGAGAAGAGGGAAGGAAAGGAUAAGAAGAAGAAGAAGGUGGUGAAGGAGUUUGAUCAUCUGGAAAAAUUCCCGCAGUUUUUGAAGAUCAGCCAGCUCGAUAUGACGAGGGGUAAGGAGUCGCUUGCUGCCGAGUUUGUGGAGGAUGUAGGCUGGGUGGAUGCAAAGGGGGAGAUUGUUGAGCUGCCGCCAAAGAAGAAGGAGAAGAAGCAGAAGAAAGAGAAGAAGGAGGAGAAGAAGGAGAAGAAGAAGGAGGAAGCCCCGGAGCCCGCGGUGGAGGAGACGGCAACGCCUGGUAUCGUGGAUUUUACCGAGGAUAUCGCCGUGGAUAUCGAGUCUAUUGCCGAAGCCAUGGAUAUCGACGACAAUGUGUCUGUUAGCUCUGAAGAGGUGUUCGCCGACGUUUCCGAUAAUGUCGAAGAGUCGUCGGAAACCGCGAAAGAGGACGAGAAGGAAGAGCAGGACACGAUGGCUGCCGCGGAUGCAGACUCUUCCUCCGAAUCGGAGGAUGACGGGCAAGAAGAGGACGAGGAUAUGGCCGAAGACGACAGCAAAUCCUUCGUUUCCAAAACAGAACCCGAAUCGAAAGCCGAGGAACCCGCACCUGCCAAAGUCCUCUCUACUCCUGCCAAAGGAAAGCAGGUCAUGUCACAUACCUCUCUCCCGCCGCUCGCCAUCCACCCUCUCGAAGCCCUCUACAAACCCGCCGCCCUCGAUUCGGACGCAGACCCAACCGAAGCUUCCGGAGCCAACGUGAGCGCUUUCAAAUUCGGGUUCGGCGGUGAUGCCGAGGAUUCGGACGACGACGUGGCGCCCGUCUCGACACCCUACCGCGACCCGGGACGUUACCGCUCCUCGGCGCCAACUCCCGACACAGCCAUCGGUACUAAGCGCUUCUUCUCUCCCGCUUCGAUCUCCGAUGACUCCGGCGGCGAGUUUUAUCCCACCACCCCCCACACGACAUCUUCGAGCAACGUCAUCUCCGACGCCCCGCUGCUGUUUCUACACGAGGAGAGCAGGUUCCUGAAGGGUCUGAGCCUGUGGCAGCAGCUGCCACAGCCUACCGCUUUGAAGCCGGUUGAGGAGCCAGCAAAAGAAGAGGAGGGUGAGGCCAAGUUGAUUACCGACCCCGUGGAGAUAUGGAAGAAGCGCUUUUACGAGUCACGCGGGGAAUGGAAUCGCGAUUGGAAGAGGAGGCGUAAGGAAGGGCUGAAGGCGAAGAGGAAGAGGGAGCGCACCGGACCGGGUGGGAGUGGGGCUAAUAGGGCGUGAGCAUGUGUCAAAAGUCGUUUGCUUGAGUAGAUAUCCCGUGUAGUAAUGCGGAUUUGGGAAUUGCGUGUGCUGGC